UCCGCCAUAUUUGAUGGUGAUAUUUCAUGGGAUGACAGCUAGUUCAUCCGACUGUUGUACAUUCAUUUCACACGUGUGUUGAUUUAUCAAUAACUUCAACAUUGAUCGAAUAAUAGAUUUAUUCAUAUCUAAACUUCUGAACAUGAGUACUUCAGAAAGUAAGAAAACCAAGAGACGGAAAAUUAAGAAUGCAGUUACCAAGUCGAGUGCAAGUUCGAACGUCUCUUUCUCGACGAAUGGCCUUCUGCAAACACCCUCCCAAAACCAUUUAGGCUUAUCAGAGGGAAAAGAGGUUAAAGAGAAACUGGAACAAUUGAUCGACAGUAAUGAUGAUUUACAUUCAUUACCUAGUCCAUUUUUUCACCGAGGGCCAAAUCCAUUUAUGAAAGAGCGUUGUUUAUUGUGUGAUUGUGAACGUAUUGAUCCUCCAGAGGCUGAUAAAAUCAAAUCAGAGUCUGAAGAUACAAAAAACACAGAAAGUGAUGCUGUACCUAAGCUUCCUUUAUGGGUUUGUCCUGCAUGUAGAAAAGCUGCUGAUUCUGAGUAUAUGAAUAAAAAAGAUCCUGAUAUUCCCUUUCUGGAUGAAGAUUUACAACCAGAAACCAUCCCAUUUCCAUUUCUACCCGAUAUUAAUUUAGAUACUAAUGAACCAGUCACUGAAAAUGGUUCCAUAUGUCAUUGUGAAUCUUGUAAAGAAAGAAGACAAAUAUCUGAUGAAUACAACAAAGAAACACAAGAAUUACAGAAAUGUUGGGUAGAAUUACGGAAGGUUGUACAAACAUUAUACGAAUCAGAUGAUCCAUAUCUUACAGAAGCUGACAGUAUUCAAAUGAGAGAUUUAGUUGUAAAAUUAUGUAGUCGAGAUCCUCAUCAACUGUUUUUAAGGCUUGAAUCACAAGUUCGAGAUUUUGUUUUAGAAAAGAAAGUUCGCGUUGUUCAACAGUUAAAUAAAGGUUUUACUACAUUAAGUGAAGCUCAGACGUUUAUUCAUAUGUUAUUAGAAGAAUAUGGUCAGUUAUGUCGAGCUGCACGAUUAGCAUCAGAAUGUCUAGCAGAUCUGAAGGAUCAUCUGAAAAGGUUUCAAGUAACGUGGGAAUUACACAACAAACAUUUAUUUCAAAAUAUUGUUUAUUCCUAUCCUGCUAUUCAUCAUAAUCUUCCUGCUAUUAGAGACACACUAAGGAAGGGUGUGGCUGAAGAAACUUGUGAUGAUUCCUAUCCUAAUUUAUUAUGUCGUUUUCUGAAAUAUCAAGAUGAGAUGUCUGUUAUAUUAGCAGUGUGGAGAGAUUGUCAAUUACUUAUAGAAAAUUAUAAUGAAGAACAAACUGCACUAAAAGUAAAGCAGAAAUGGUUAAAAGAAGAUUGGGAAUUUUUUAAAGCCCAGAGAAAACUUCUAGAACAACAGAUGUUGAAGAAUCCAAAGGCUGCACAAUCAACUACUUCUCACAAUAUGGAAGCACAAUUUACAGAGACAAUGAGAAACUUAUUACAAGGUACACGGCCAUCUGUAGAAGAUUGUCAUUGUCCCAGGUGUAAUAGAAAAAGGUGUCCCUGUGAUGAAUGUACAAUUACUCAUAUGAUAACAUGUGGAAUUAUCAACCCUGACGCUUUAGAAAAUAACAGUACAUCUCAUACAUUUAACUUUCCACACGAUCCGAACUUUCCUCCUGAUUCUAGUGAUUAUUAUCUCAAUGUUCGACCACCUUCUGUAUCUAGUACCAACUCAAGUAGUGGUUCUGCUAGUCCAAUCAUGGUGGAUCCAGAAAGACUUGUUAAUCCCUUUGGUAAUUGUCCUGAAGACUUCGAGACUGCUGACGACAUUCCUGAUGAGAUAGUGGAUGAUAGUCAGUCAGAUGAUAGUGAUGAUGAGUUAGAUGAUGAAGAAGAUGAUGAGUUAGAUGAUGAUGAAGAAGAUGAUGAUGAUGAUGGUAGUGAUGGUUUUGAUGUAGGUAAAAAAACAUUUGAAGAAGCCCUAACUAAAACAACUGGUACAACACAUGGUGAUUUACAAGCAUGGAUGGCUGAUCAACCAGAAGACUGUGAUUGUCAUCAUUGUGUACAACCAAAACCUGAAGAAAUUUUUCAAGAGCCUUAUCCCUGUCAAUGUCACUUGUGUUUACAGCAACCAUCGGGUCAUCUUUUAAACACAGCGUUACCUCAACAUGAUCCCAUGUCUACACGACCGACAGAUCUACAUAUCUACCCUCAUAUACACGGUUAUCCUGGUUUACAUGGUCUACAUGGUUUACAGGGCAGAAACCAUGUACGAUCUAUAUUACAACCACAACUUUAUGAUCUGCACAAUCCUUUACGGCAAACUAAACUACCGGGUAAAAUAGACUUUGACAGUCCUGGAAGUAUGCAAGAACAUCUUUAUCCAGCCUUUGGUGAUUGGGAUAAUGAUCCACAUGGUUUUCUCGGGUCUCAUCAGUAUGGUGGUACGUUCCCGACAGACCUACUUCCCCCUCCUCCACUUACGGCCAAUAACCCAUUCAUCACCGAUCCUACGUUACUCAGUUCACAACAGACACCCCCAGCAUCAGCUUCAACCAGCAGUGCUUUUAAAACUGUACCCCACAGCCAUGCCCCAAACUCUGAUAUCUCGUGUAGUUCAGCGUACGAUGUAGUCCAUUUUGAUUCAUGUGCCAAAACCAAUAAUAGUUGUAGUGCUACCAGCUCCCAGGUAACGGCAGGGAAUAAGAAUCAAGGCCCACCGUGUACGCGGCCAGUUACUCUUGGAGGUAAUAGUAAUACCACACCAAUCUCAACCUGCACAGAGAAAAACCAUAGUCAGCACUGUCUAAAACAUAAUCAUCAACUAGACAAGUCAUCUUCGUCCUCGAGAAAUCAAUCUAGAAACACCUUACACAACCAGCAUGCAACACCAGAUCUACUACAGAAUAAUGUCAAGCAUAGUGUUAAAGAUGAUGUUCCGGGGAAGUCGAGGAAUACUGCACCCAACUCAGGAGGUACAUCUGUUCCACAUUCAUGUUCUUAUGGUAACAAAGGUCACAAGCAAGUUGCACAUCAAUCAUGUUUAGAAAAUCAUCAAAUGACGUGUCAGAAUGCUGUCUCCCUUCCAACCUCGAUUAAUAAUGUCAGCGUAGGAACCUCCACUUUAUGUACGUAUCCGGACUGUGAAGGUAAUCAUGACGACAACUGUGACAGCAUUGAUGAUACCUGUUCAGAUAAAAGUUCUUCCACUUCAUCCAAUCAGAAAGAAGGCAAAUACUGUGAUUGCUGCUACUGUGAAUUCUUCGGCCAUGGCAACCAGCCAGUUUCUCAGACAAGUAAGAAAUAUACAGAAAUGAAAGAGAGAUUAAGGCGACGAUUAAAGCAUAGGAGUGAAGCUCGACCAGAAGAUGUGGCAUGUUAUAAUCAUGGAUGUCAUAUGAGUAAACAGCGAGAUGAGAAAAAUGAACACAAAGGCUUAGAAGAAUUAAUUAAUUUUAUCAAUGGUGUCGACACAAAACCAAAGACAUCACUCAAAAAACAGCGGCAGAAACAAAGAAAGGCUGAAGAAAAAGCAAAACAAGAAGAAAAAGAGGAAAGAAAAAGGCGUAAAGCAGAGAGAAAAUUACGGAAAAAAUUAACAUCUACUGGUAAACUGGAAUAUGUUGAAAGAACAGAAACUUUGGAAAGUCGAGAAUCUCCGAUAUUAAAGAAAAUAAUUAGGAAGGUGCCGAAAGGAUCAAGUGUUGAAACGUGUACAACAACAACAGCGACCCCUAGCAGUGCUAAUCAACCAGUUCCUUCCAGCAAGGAACCUGCGUCAACCAAAGGUCAUAGUUCAAAGUUAAAAGAGGAUACAAACAGGAAGUCCACAAGUAGUCCAACAACACCCAUUAGAGAGGCCAAGGAACCCAAAUCAGCUUCUCGUCCUCAAACUCCCAAACAAUCUGCAAAUAAUCAAUCAAGAAAAGGUCAGAAAUUGACCAAGAAUGAUUCAAGAGAAAGUCCAGUGCCUGAUCAGCAAGUUAAAAAUACUCCUGUUGGUAAAACCGACCAGUCUAACAAAUCAGUCCAAUCCAACCCCAAAAACAGCACCUCAAAUAAAGUAACUCCAAACAAUGCAGAAGUGAACAAAACAUCAUCAGGAAGCAACCAUCCAAAAUUGGGACAGAUUCAAAAUAACAAAUCAAUUCCGAAACAAGAAUUGAAACCAGCUGUGAUAGACCCCUCUCAAUCUAAAUCAUCCCCCCGAGAUGGCAAAUUGGCUAACUCAUCAGGUAAAAAGAAGGCAGAAGCCACACUGCAAGUCAAACAGAAUGGAUCAUUGCCCAACCAGUCACCAAGACAAGUGCAACAAUCAGUAAAACCAUCACAAGAAAUCGCUCAAGUUACUAAACAACCCAGUAGUCAUACCAUUAAGUCCAAGAAGAAAGAUGUUAAAGCUCCAACUAAUGGACUAAUACCAGCUGUAAAUGGCGAUAUAAGUAAUGCUCAGAAGAUACAGCUUAAAGCAACAGGCCCUGUCAAUGGUCUAACAGUUACUGUGGACAAGAAAAAUGCAGAGCCGGUGAAAAGUGGUAAAAAUAAGAACAAGAAAAAGAAGAAAAAGAGCAAGAGUGAUGAAUUUGAUGAAAUAUUUUUACCAAGAUCAGAAUCAGACAUAGAAAAUGGUGAAUUGGAUGAUAUGGAGAAAGAAAUUGAAGAUUUCAAAAGGUUUUGUUUGGAUUCCCCACAACCACCUGUUAGAGAGAAGAUGCAGGUGAAUAUCAACCUGAAGGAUAUUCUCACCAAGAAGAAAUUGGGUCUUGGAUGUAGUUAAAUUUGACAGCUGAUACAGAUUAUACCACUAGUCAGCAGCUCAUGUACCUCAAAAUACUUUCAUUUCUUGUAUUCAACUCAACAUAAAAAUAUGUUUUCUGGAUACUUUAUGUAUUACACAUAACACAAUUCUAUGGAAUAAUUGUAUUUCAAAGAAUUGUUCUGUGUAUUUUCAGUUCAAUUACUAAAUGCCAUUGAAGCAAAUUAUUUUUACGUAUUGUUUAGGGCCAGUUUAGUACAAAUUAUUUGAAAAUAGCCUAAAUUUAUGUAUGUUACCAAUUAUAUAUCUUUACAUCCAUCCUAAACUUAUUUUUAAUGAUGAGAUUUUGAAAAGUAAUAUAUAAAAAAGUAAUUAAAGAAUUAAAUAUUUGAAUUAUGUAUACAGAUCUUAGUUUACCAUUGGAGUUAUCCUUCCACUAUUGUAAUUUGUUAUUAUAGGAAGAGAUCUAUUCUUAAUGAAAAUACUGUAUUUAUUCCACUCAAAGAACAUGUUUGUUUUUUCACUAGAAAUUUGGACUAUUGAUUAGUGGUUUGUUAUGAAAAUAUGUUUUAUUUAUUCACAAAAGAAAAAAAUUUUAUCGUACUCACAUGUUUCAUGUAUUUUGGAUUUAUGGUAUUUUGUACUGUGAGGGGUUAUGUGUGUAAACUUCAGAAUGUAUUUUACAAAUACUGGUUGGUUGUUAAUGGGGUUGAAACCACACCAGAUUAUAAUUACAUAUUUGUAACCAUAUUUGUAAAAGAUGUAUUAAAGAGUUCUGAGAGACUCCAAAUUGUUAAGUUAACUACUGAAUAUAUAAUUGUUGGAAUGGAUUAUUGGAAUGAAAUAGCGACUUAUGAUUACUUGUUGAAUCAGAUUUAUUUAAGUAUUAUACAUCUGGUUGACAGACUAUUCCUCCUUUGUAUAUAGAGCGAUGUAGCGUGAUGGAAUGGACAAUUAAGAUUAAUUGUCAAUUGUAUAAUCUCAUCUGCUGUUUGGUUGCCUAUGCAAGAAGCUGAUUUUAUUAUAAAUGUCUUUUUCAGUUAUUCUGAAAAAAAUGAGUAAAAUUUUGCAUCCAAAUGAUCAGAUCUGGGUAUUGUAACUUAUUUAUUUUUAAAAAAGAAUGCUAAAAAACCGUUGAUUCUACUUGUAAGAGUUUAAGAUUUUGGUUUAAUUUAGCAUGUUAUGUUAUUAUUUUGAUGAUACCCAGUAUCUAAGUAUAGUUGAAUUGUUUGGAUGGUGUGACCUGUAUUGUAUGAAAAUGAAUGCAUGACAUUUGAAAUUGUUUUGCCUCCUGGCAAGUCGAACCAUUUUGUUUGUUGUUGGGCUUACCUUUAUUUUGCCAUUUUAGCUUGUAUCAUACUAUUAUUAUCCUUAUGGAACUAAACCUUUUACAAGAAA